UCAUGCCGCCGCUGGCGGCCCGGGACGGCGGAGGAGCGGCAGCCCCGGACAGCUAGCUCUCGAGUGGCCCUGCGCGUCCCCGCCCGCUCCCGAGACAGAGGCGCGGCCCUCGCCGCGAGAGGGGGACUGGGAAGUGAAUUCGGAUCCACCUGGGAGGGGGAGUGGACCGUGUCCGCCCCGGGCGGCGGCGGGGCGACGGCCACAGUUGAUUAUGGAAGAUUCCCACAAGAGUAACACUUCCAAGACUGCACCUCAGCCUGGUUCAGCAGUUCAGGGAGCUCAUGUUUCUCAUAUUGCCCAACAGGUUUCAUCUUUAUCAGAAAGUGAAGAGUCUCAGGACUCAUCUGACAGCAUAGGCUCCUCACAGAAAGCUCACGGGAUCCUAGCACGGCGCCCUUCUUACAGAAAAAUUUUGAAAGACCUUUCUUCUGAAGAAACACGAAGCAGAAAAGGAGACGGAGAAAAUCCUGGCGUUUCUGCUGUGACUUCUAUGUCUGUUCCAGCUCCCAUCUACCAGACCAGCAGCGGACAGUACAUUGCCAUUGCCCCAAAUGGAGCCUUGCAGUUGGCCAGUCCAGGCACAGACGGAGUACAGGGACUACAAACCUUAACCAUGACAAAUUCAGGCAAUCCUCAGCAAGGUACGAUUCUCCAGUAUGCACAGACCUCUGAUGGACAGCAAAUACUUGUGCCCAGCAACCAGGUGGUUGUGCAAACUGCAUCAGGAGAUGUGCAGACAUACCAGAUCCGCACCACACCAUCGGCCACUUCGCUGCCACAAGCUGUGGUGAUGACGUCGCCUGUCACUCUUACCUCUCAGGCAACUAAGACAGAUGACCCCCAAUUGAAAAGAGAAAUAAGAUUGAUGAAAAACAGAGAAGCUGCUCGAGAAUGUCGGAGAAAGAAGAAAGAGUACGUCAAAUGCCUGGAAAAUCGAGUGGCAGUCCUGGAAAAUCAAAAUAAAACUCUCAUAGAAGAGUUAAAAACUUUGAAGGAUCUUUAUUCUCAUAAAAGUGUUUGAUUUUUUUUAAAAAAGAAAGUAUUUUUGUGGACUGACCCAAAAAUUAGAUGGAUUUCUUUUUAGUGGAGUUUUAUAAAGUUUUAUAAAAGUGAAGCUAAUUUUUAUUUAGGCUUUUGCAAUGCAAAGGUAAAUAAAUGUCUUUAUGCAAGAGACCUGGUCACAGGAUGAAGUGGCAGAUGGCCUUAAGAAGCUGCCGGCACAACUGGGGGCUUUGCGAACAAGAAACAUCCUCAAGAAGCCAGAAGUGAACUUCAGCAGUUCAAGUUUUCUACGUCAAUCCAAAAAUGGUAUACAAGGUGAAAUUUAGUAAAUUGAAUUUGUAAAUCAAUUUACCCUGUAUGUACGCAUUUCCUACUGUUUCUUGGGAUUGGCCUUUUUCAGUUGUAUGUGGUUAUAUGUGUAUUUUAUUUCUACCAAUAAAUUCUAAAUUACAAAUGUAAAAGAAAACUUGAACAUUACUAAAUAUAUAAAUUAUGUGGUCUGAUUGUGUAUACCUGUCGUAUUGUGAAGUUUUUUAGAUGAGUUUUUAAAAGUAAGUUUGUUGAACUGGAGAGGAUUUUUAAGAAUGGGUUAACUGUUUCUAAGGUCUUUUCCUAAAAGGCUUGCAAGGUACAUGAAUGAAGUGGGAUGAUUUUGUAGCAUUUGUUUUUUUUUAUCAGAAAAAUGGAAAAAAGAACUGUUUUAAAGUUUGAUACUUUAAAAAAAAAAUUUUUUUUUUUUUUGCCUACUCUGGUAAAGGUGAUUUUUACAAAUACAUACUGAUUUGAUUUUUUGAUUCUGUAUCCUAAAUGCUGUUGGAUACCCAUUACUUUUGUGCUUUAAUAGAAUGAAGUGUUUACAAAAGCUCUGAAAAUACUUUUUAUAAACCUGAAAAUGCAUACCAAAGCUUUCCAAGAGAAUUUUACAAUCAACUUCAUGUAAGGGCUGUCAGGUUCUGAGAUAGAGCAGUUAGUUGAGGGAGUUUUACGUUAGAGACUAUUUUGUAAUGUAGCGAAUGGUACCUUUAUAAGAAGAGUGACUUGCCAAUAUAUUUUUAUAGCUAAUCUUUAUAAAUUCUAAUGUUGAGUUUUAAUGAUUAUUUUAAAUAUUUUAUGUAGUUUGUUUAGUGAAAAUCUGCAUCUCAUCCUUUUUAUAUUAUGAGAAAGUUAUCAGAUUGGCUAAUAUUUGAAAUUGUAAGUUUUAUAUGGAAAUCUAAGGUUCAAAAUGUCAGUUACACAAGUGUUAAACUCUGUAUUCUAAUUUGUAUACACCUUGAAACUGUACUGCAAAACCAUUGUGCUUGUUUCAUAUUGUCGUCUGUGAAAUUAAAGAAUAUUUGAUAAAAUUGUUUGCUGAAUGCAAAAUAUAAUGCUUGACAUCUUUCCAUACUAA